GCGCAGAAAUGAAAACUGCGGGGCAUUUAGCAAAACACCCAACGGUUCUCGACUCCUCCACUUCAGAGCCAUCCAUGUUUUUGCUGAAUUCACUUAGUCGGUUUACUCGGAGUGCUCGCCAUAAAAACGCGCAGAACAACGGCUCCAGCAGCAAUUUGUCUGUUUCUUCUCAUAGCUCGAAAAAGUCUAGUACGACAUCGUCAACACAUGGAAAUCAUGCCCAAAGAAAACAGACGCCGUUGUACCUUCGUCAACCGUUCAUAAGCACACACUUGGUUAAGGGAAACUUUUCUACGAUUGUGUCUCUUCCUCGGUACAUUGACAGAAAUGAAUGGCUCGCCAUUAAUGUUUACGAGUUAUUUACGUAUCUGAAUCACUUUUACGAUGUGUUUGCUGCGUUUUGUACGGUACAGACAUGUCCUACCAUGAGUGCUGCUCCUGGUAUUGAUUAUACUUGGUUAGACAGCAAUCGAAAGCCAUUGCGGCUCCCUGCUCCACAAUAUAUUGAAUAUGUCAUGGCCUGGAUUGAAAACCGCCUUCGAGACCAGUCUAUUUUCCCUACAAAAGCCGGCGUUCCCUUUCCAUCAAACUUUGAGGCGAUCGUGAAAGCCAUCUACAAGCAGCUCUUCCGUAUAUUUGUUCACAUUUACAACUACCAUUAUCCUGAGAUCCUUCACGUGUCCUUAGAAGCACACUGGAACUCGUUCUUUGCACACUUUAUCGCUUUUGGUAAAGAGUUUGGUCUUUUGGACCCCAGGGAUACGGGUCCGUUAAAGAAAUUGAUUGACGUUCUUGAGUUUCAGGGAAAUAUCUAAUUCAGACGGUAAAGCGCUCUCCCAGCAGAGAUGUUCCCUUCCCUAGGAUUAUACAUGUAAUACACGCUCGUUUGGGCGUUCACACACACAUAUUCGUUCGUGAACUGUCGUCGUGUCUGACGACAACUUCUCGUUCUCGGUCUCUCGGCUUGAGCUGUACGAGUGUGUACGUAAACAAGAAUGAAACGCCCGUUGGACUCGCUUUGAGGCCCCUCACUCGUCAAUCCGAGUUUGGGUAUCGCGGGUCUUUUUUUUUGUGGAAGCGCACAAUUACAUUUUGCUUACAUGUAUGCACGUCUUCUUUCCACACACGUCGUUGACUAUAUUCCACUACAUAUACUCAAUUGCUUACGCUCUCUUAUUCACAUGCACGAACAUACAGAUACUAUUUUUUUUUCUUUCUCUCUUCCUCUCACAUAUCAAAAGUCUCGCUCUUCCCCGCGAACAAAUGGAGGUGUCACAGGAACACGAAUUUUCGUAGAACACAUAUGAUGUCGACCCUGACCGUUACGUUGCUAAUGUGUUACUCCUCAUUCCAUGUGUGGCAAGGAUUCAACCUGCUUUCCGUACUAUAUCCCUAGUGACAAAUGAACGACAAACUGUGUGUUCCCUACGAAUUUUUACUGAGAAGCGGCACGUGUCCAGAAUGUCACACCUCCGCAGUGUAUUUCUACUUAGAAGACAAAAACCUGGUCGGCCAUCUUAGAAAUGGCGCGAGACUUUUCAUAACCCAAUGCAAGCGUGGCUUCGCGCAUGGCGUCGACCAUAGGUUUGGGACCACAAAUGAGCACCUUUGUGUCGGGGGAGGGUUCGGGAAAGUGAUGCUUGAUCAAUUCCUUGGUCACAAAUCCGACAGAGCCCUCCCAGUCCUUAGGUGGGUCGUUGAGAAUGUGAUGGACCUUGAGACGAGAAUCCCUCUUGCAGAGUCUCUCGAUUUCCUCGCGAAGCAGGAUAUCAUCCUCACACACAUUAGCAUACAGCAAUGUAAGCUCGGUCUUGUCAUCAGGGUUUGAGAGAACGGCACGAAUGAUCUGAAGCAUGGGAGUAAUACCCGUGCCGCCAGCAAUCAUUCCAAAGUGUUUCACCAUGCCACAUUUGUAGCUCAUUUGACCCUUCGGACCACGGACGCGAAUAGUAUCGCCGAUCUUCAACUCCGCGAACCUCUUGCUGACUUUGCCGUUGGGAUACGAUUUAACAAGCAGGUCGAAAUAACCUCUUUCAGAAUCGGAAGUGAGAGGAGUGUAUGCACGGGAGUACUCACGGCCGUCAACAUCGACUGCGAUUGUGAUGUGUUGUCCAACAGGCAGUCCAAGAACGUCGUUUGGACGGGGAAGUCGGAAUCGGUAAAUGGCCGUGUUGUGGUUCAGAACGGCCUUGUCGCUCAGUUCGAAUGACCGGUAUUCAUUGGACAGAACCUUACGUGUUCUUCCACGCCAGAAUUUGAGGAAACCAAGUGAGACAGCAAGAAUGAAUGCGUAUCCAACCCAUUCACGUUUAAUAAUAU